UCUAAUCCAUUACAUCCUCUCUCUUCUUUGAGCAUCAUAUGCGGUAUAACCCCAUUCUUAUGUUUCUAUUUUCCUAUCUUUUCAUAUUUUAGUACUACUAUUUUUUCUGCAUAAAUCUUUUCUCUCCGUUAUAAAUACUACUGAUUAUUAUAUAGCUCUACAACUUCAGGAAUAAUCAUGUUUUCUUCAACCAGUAACUUUAAUCCUUUUCAAUAUACUGAAAACCCUAAUAGCUUAAUCCAAGAAGACAAUUCCUCACAUUUUUUGCACUUUCCACCCGCAAUUCCCUUUCUUGAUGAUGCUGAUCUACUCCUGAACGAAUUCCUAUCCCAGCCGCAUCAGCAAGAACAGCAAGUUCUGGUUUGUGAUACUAAUUUAGUAGCAGAGACUGCUCAAGAAGUCCCUGCAACUAAUUCUUCAAAGAAGAUUACUCAAAAUAACAAGAAGAAGAAAAAUGAUAUAAAGGCUCCUAAAACGCUACCAGUUGCUCGAAAAAGAAGUGGAAAAAAAGACAGACAUAGCAAGAUUUAUACAGCUCAAGGGCCAAGAGACCGAAGAAUGAGAUUAUCGCUCCGAAUUGCUAGAAAAUUCUUUGAUCUUCAAGAUAUGUUAGGUUUUGAUAAAGCAAGUAAAACCAUUGAUUGGUUGUUUACAAAAUCCAAGGCUGCCAUUAAAGAACUUGCAGAUAGUGUUCCAAGAGUGAAGCAAUGUAAUAGUUUUUCUUCUACUUCAGAAAGUGAAGUUAUGUCAGGUAGCAAGACUGUUACCGUUGGAGAAAAUGGAGACAAGAAGGAAAUGGUUUUAACAGAAGAUAGCUCGUUUUUGAGACUGAAACAAAGCAAGAAACCCAAUAAGACGGCUUUCAACCAAGAGAGUAGAGAAAAGGCAAGAGCGAGAGCGAGAGAAAGAACAAAAGAGAAGCAAAAAAUUAAAAUUCUUGACAAGUCAAAACAAGAAAACCCUAACAAUUUAGGGUUUACUGGUAAAAUGGCUGGUGAAGAACAAGAAGAAGAAGAAGAAGAAAAAGGACAUGACAGAAAUUACUUCUCGCAAGAUCAAGUGGACAAAUUUUUGGGGCUUACAGAUGCGCAAAAAUCUUCUUCGAUUUUCGAUCUGUCGUCUCGUAACGAUGUGGUGUCAAAUGGAGCUGAUUUCAAGGAUGAGUUUUCAUGUUUUGCUGGGAAUUGGGAGAUUAGCAAUGGAAGAGGUAAUUAUGGUAAUAAUAGACAUUGUGCAAUUCCAAAUAUGAAGCUACUGACAACAGCUUCAUGCAGAAAUGAUUUCAAGAGAGUUUGAAGAAGUUUUGAUGAGGCAGUAAAGGUUAGCAGGCAACGGCUCCAGGUAGGGAUAUAAGUUUAUAUUUAUGAUUUCAUUUAACUCCAAUUUUCUUAACAAAGCUGACCCAUUAGUUAAACAAUUACUAUGAUGAAGAAAGGAUAAAUUUAUAGUCACAUAACAUAGUAGAUAUAAUUUCCUAGAAGUAAAAUGUUUUACCUUUU